GGCGCAGGCGCCGCAGCGGGGCGGGGUGGAGGCGAGCGAGCGAGCCGCGGUGGGGAAGGACGUCCGCUCGGUCCCCCCUAGGCGCUGCCGGACACCAUGCGGGUGCCGCCGCUGCUCCUGGCUCUCACAGCGCUGCUGGCGGCCCGCCGGAGCGCGGCUUCCCGCGGGGAGCAGCCGCCCGCAGUGCCUUCACCAACAGAGAUUGUAGUAAGAUCUGAAAAUUUCAAAACUCUUUUGCAUUGGCAGUAUCCACCUGUGUCUGAAACUCCUCAUUUUAUUGUGGAAAUCAAGCCUUACAAUUUUGGUGACUAUAAAAACAUCUCAACUUGUGUGAACACUUCAGCUCAUUUUUGUGAUCUCUCAGGGGAGAUAUGUGAGCCUUAUUCAUCUCACUGGCUUCGACUUAAAGCUAUUAUUGGGUCACAACAGUCUGAAUAUGUUGAGACAAAUGAAUUUAUUUUGCAAAGGCAUGGAAAAAUAGGACCACCAAAACUGAAUCUCUCAAGGCAUGGUGAUAAAAUCGUGGUUGAUAUUUACCAUCUUUUAUUCCCUCAUUCUUGUAUUGAAGACAUUUAUUUAAAGCUCGAGUACCUGGUGACUUUUCGGAAGAGUGAAAAUGAGAUUGAAGAGUUCUAUGCAGACAAUUGUACAGUGGAUAAAUGUAGCCUCAACAUUGCAGUUCCUGCUGAAGGUUCUACUUACUGUGUUUCAGCAAAGGGAAUUUUUGAAGAACUGAUGAUUGGCACCCCAUCAGAGGAAAGCUGCAUUCUUGUUCCUGUCAAGCAGACAUUGAGUGUACUAUGUAUCAUCAUUGUGUGUGUUAUUGGGAGCCUGAGCGUAAUCGUGAUGGUAUAUUGUGGCUGCAAGAGACUAAGGAAAAAGAACAUAAAGCUGCCUAAAUCUUUGGUCAGUGUGAUGAGAAACCUAAAUAAAGACACCUUACUUAUAAGGCCAAAAUCGGAGGGAAGGUAUAUAUCUGUAAUAAGCUUCAUGUCAGGCCAGUCAGCAUUGCCAGUGAAUGGUGAAGUAACCUUGCUGGAGAUAGAGCCAGAAGAAGAAACUGUUAGUCCUAAGAAUUCCAGCGAAGGAGAAUCUUCUGUUCCUACCCCAGAGGCACCAGCCAAAGCAGAAGAGGAGUCUGUGCGGGAAACCACAGAGGAGGUAUCUUUUGAUGCUGAUGAACAGAAUUACAAAGUAAAAGAGAGCUAUUUCAUUUCUGACAGUAGCCAAAUGGAUAUAUGCAGUAACUCUUCAGGUACAGAGGUUUCUCCCACAGAAACGGAGCAAAAAGUCAUUCCAAGCAGCUGUUUCAAGUUUUCUGGCUAUGACAAGCCUCAUGUUCCAUUAGAUAUGUUGAUGAUAGAUGUUGGUGAAGAACAGCCUGUGAAUACUUACAGGCCAACUGAGUAACCAGGAUAACCGAAGUGUUUAACCAGAGGUUUAACUCAGGAAAAACAGCAUUACUGAAGAUUAUGGAAAAUCUGGGUUAAAUUGUGAACAUCUGCAAGAUGUACUACUUCUGAUCCAACCAAAGUAACCAGUACACAAGUGAAAGUAGUGCCUGAAAAUUGCAUAAACAAUGUAGGGAAAUUUCAUAAUAACCACUUUUAGAAGUGUUUUUGUAUAAUAUAAUUUAGUAUUUCCUAUUUGAAAUAGUAUUCUGCGUUUUUUAACAAUACUUUACAGGAAACAUACCAUUAGUCACUUCUGUUUCAGAUCCUUUUCAAAAUUAAGUCAAUGAACACAGUGCUUAAGAAGUCCUUUAUUCGAUUAUGAUAGAGAUGUGCAAGAAACGUUUGAGAGUUUUGCCAUUAUUGGAGGUGCCCUCUUAAUUGUCUUCUUCUCUUGAGUAUUUUUAUAUUAAAUUAAAUGCUAAUAUUUCUUUUAAGGACAAGUAUGAUUAUAAGCUCUUCCUGUAUAAUUUAAGAAUUUGAUUCCAUGUUAAAGAAGUAGGGAGUAAUGGCCAUAAACUAAAAAUACACAGAGUUGCACCUCAACAUGGGGAAGGACUUCCUUACACUGAGGGUGGCAGAGCACUGGAGCAGACUGCCCAGGAAGGUCGUGGAGUCUCCCUCUCUGGAGACAUUCAAAACCCACCUGGACGUGUUCUGUGUCACCUGCUCUAGGUGACCCUGCCUUGGCAGGGGGGUUGGUCUGGAUGAUCUCCAGAGGUACCUUCCAACCGGAUUUCGUGACUAUGGGAAAGAACCAGUUACUUGUAGUUUUUCCUGUGACUAGAAAUAUGUUAUUAGAAUCAUAGAAUAUCCUGAGUUGGAAGGGACCCAUAAGGAUCGUCGAAUCCCAACUCCUGGCCCUGUACAGGACAGCCCCAAGAAUCACAUCAUGUGCCUUAGAGCAUCAUCCAAAUGCUUCUUGAACUCUGUCAGGCUUGGUGCUGUGACCACUUCCCUGAGGAGCCUGUUCCAGUGGCCAACCACUUCACCCUCUGGGUGAAGAUCCCUUUCCUAAUAUCUAACCUAAACCUGCCCAAAACAGCAUCAUGCCAUUCUUUUGGGUCCUGUCACUGGUCACCACAGAGAAGAGAUCAGUGCCUGCCCCUCCUCUUCCCCUCAUAAGGAAGUUGUAACUGCGAUGAGGUCUCCCCUCAGUCUCCUCCAGGCUGAACAGACCAAAUGCCCUCAGCUGCUCUUUAUACGUCUUCCCCUCAAGGCCCUUCACCAUUUUUGUAGCCCUCCUUUUGACUCUUUCAGGAUCAUCGCUUCGUAGAUUUCAGUUAAUUAGCAGGAGACAUUCUCCUUUGUUGCUUAAGUCCUGUGACUAAAAAAAUAUCUACCUGUUUUUAAAACUGCUGUUAUUUGAGUAUGGCUACAUCCAUUUGGAUCACCUAAAUACGUUUUGUAACCAUGUCACAUUCUGGAUAAUUCUGGAACGUAUUAGCAUGCUGGCUGAUCAUUAUUGAAAAAAAUAUCUAAUGGGUAGUUGCACAAAUUCUUCAGAAAAUGUUUUCAAAAUUCAAAAGCCUAUUUCUUCUAGGGCAUUUUUGUCAUGAUUCUUAGAACAAUAUAAUCCUUAAAUAGAAAUCAAUAGGACUUCUUCCAAACCACUACAAUGAUGUAACUCAGGAACUACACAAAAUCAUGGUAGUAAUUUUCAACCUGCUAGAAAACAUGUUUGGAAGAAGUCCUAUUGAUUUCUGUUUAAGGAUUAUAUUGUUCUAAGAAUCAUGAUAAAAAUGCCCCAGAAGAAAUAGGCCUUCUGAAUUCUGUAGUAUAGAGAUUGUAGUUUUGAAAACUGAGGGAUAAAGAUCUUAUCUUUUUAUAUUUUUUUAAUAAUUAAAAUCCAUGCAAUCCAUUUAUUUACCCUUAGUCAAGAUAUGAUAGAUAUUUUCUAUUUGUAGGAUAUGUUUACAGUAAUUAUUAAUGGAGCUUAGUUCAGAACAAAAGGAUGCUUUACAGACACAAGUUAGUCCAUUUGUACAAAAUUGUAUCUUUGUUUUAAAAGAUAUUUUUAUAGGAUUAUCAGAAGUGUUAACAUGUUAGAGCAGAUGGUUUUGAAGGAAAACCAGUGUCGUAGUACUUCUGUCCUUAUAUUUCUCAGUGAUAUGAGUGUUCUUAAGAUGAAGUUAGCCUACACAGCAGUUUCUGGGCUUCUUCCAUUCCUGCAUAUAUCAGAUAUUGACCACAGUGAUACAAAAGAUUUAAAGACAAUAGCUAUUUUUCACAUCACUACACACAGAAAGGUAACAGAUUGCUUAGCAGGAUUUUGAUAAUUAUAGAAAAAGCCAAAUCAAGCACGUGAAUUUUGUAGUUAUGCUGUAAUGGAAAACCCGACUCAAAAGACUUCGGUAUUUGUUAGCUGGCUGUGAUUUGUUUCUGCAUUAUAUUCAAACAUAGCAACUUUUUCAAUGUCGUCUUCUGGGUUGAGUUCCUAGAAGGCAAUGCUCAGUGACUUACUGCUUGGGAUCCAUUAAUGUGUAGGUAUCUCCACGGCAGAAGUGCAGAAAACAACUCUCUUGGUGUUACAAGAAGGCUUUUUGAAAAUCAGCGUUAAUUUGCAUUUGAAACUACAACUGAACUGACCUUUCAGUUAAUGAUGUGGUUUGUACCUGAAGCUUCUAGCUGUCUAUCUGCUAAGGAGAUGAGCAGCUGCAUCUUGUGCGGAGCUUGAAGUUGAUGUAAUUUCUUUCUGGGUUUGGAGGUUUGUUGGUAAAUAUGAACUGUAAUAAAUACCUCAGGACUUUAUAAAUGUCAGGUAACUGUUUAAGUUAAACUUCGCUCAGAAGGGAUAAAUAGAAACUGUGAAGUUACCUUGGUUUUGGGCAGAAGUUUCUGAUCAGACAGUUUGCUGAGUAUCUUCUUUGCAACUGCUCAGAGUAUUAUAUCUACUUGCAAUUAGUAGUUUGUUUUCCUUCUGUCAGUCUUGCCCCAAAAAAAAAUAUAUUGAUGUUCUCCAAGAAGGGCAGGAAUUAGCUGUAGUUCCAUUUGAUAUAUCUGCCUCAAAGCCAAAAUCCUGUCAGAAGCAUGUAAUUUCUUGGAAAAUUAAAUUUACAUUCUUAGCAGUGCAUGUGGAAACUCUGGUGCUGUUAGGAGCUAAGACUUAGCAUCUUAGAUUUGUGUGAACAUGAGAGAUCACUAGGUGUUUUACGUUCUAGAAGGUUCUCCUUUGCUGCCACACUGGAAGAGGAAUGCAGAUAGAUGCAUUUUAAAACCAAGUGACUGUCUCAGAUUCUUUUCUCUUCCUCCUGCAAUACAACUACAUUUGUACAUUGUUCUCCAUCUUUCAAGUCAUAAGUAGUCGUGUGUGAGUAAAACGACCCAGCCAGGAGCUAGGACAUAAUUAAGAACAACAGUGUUAAGAUCAAUAAGAUGAAUAAGAAAUGACACAGAAAUAAAUCAUAAACAUAUGGGAAAAAUUUGGCAUGGCAGAUAGCCACGUGUAAUGGAAAGGCACUGUUAUUUCGUAAGCUGAAAAUCAAAGACAGUAACAUGAGUGCUUUUUACUGUACCACAUAUAUAUAUCUAUACACAUAUGCUCUCAACUGACAUUCUCUUGUAAUAUCACAAUGUUAAAUGUAUUUUUUAAUGAAAAUUUGUGAACUCUAAUUACAAAAGCCCCUGAAUUAACACCAUCCCUGCAGAUCUGUCUUCUGUGUACUAUGUACUUAACAAGUAGCCAAUAGCACAAGAAUAGUUUAGAUAUUUAAAUUGUUCAGGCCAGCUUACAGGUUUUAUAAUUGUGAAAUAAAGUUCAAGAGUGCACAAAGCAUGGGAUUCUUUUAUUAGCUGUGACUACCUGAAAAUGUGAGGCCACAGUGGGACAAGGAUGUCUUUCCGGGUCAUUAAGCUCUCUUUCUCCCAUCUUGUUUUCAGCAGUUGACAGUAGUGGUAUUGAGAGCCUAAAAACAGGGCAAGUGCCUCAUAGUAUCUCUGUUAGAAUACAAUCCAGCACCUUGCAGGGUGAGGACUUCUUGGGACAAGGAAAUGAGAAUGUCUUUCUAGCUACAGCUAGUUAGCUUUGCUUUUGCAGUUCUGUAAUACCAAGUACCUGAGCAAGGUACGUGUAGUUGGGAAGCUGUCAGAGAGUAUUUAUCUGUGCAUUUUCACCUAAUUAAGUUAGUUUAUUUUAAUAAAUUAAUAUUCUUGUGAUUAAGAGGUGAGCUUCUGGGUAUUUGCGCAGAGCACCUUGACAUAGGAUAUGAAAGUGCCUAACAUUUACACAUUCAAAAUAACUUAAUAUUCAUGCCUUUUACAGACCUAUCAGCUCUUCAGUAUGACACACUUAGAAAGUUUCACUACUUCAGACUUUUUCAGGUGAUUUUUACUCUUGUCCUGACUGCUCAGCAUUCCUCCCUUCCUGUCUCCUAGAGGCGAUUUGGGAAACGAUGUAAUAUAGCACUCCAAAAUAUCAUAUCCUAUGUAAAAGAAAUUGCAUCACGAAAAUUUGGCCUAAUACUUGACAACAUUUCUAAGAACUUCUUCAGUGCUUGUUCUCGAGUGGACAUUGUAAUUUUUUAUCAUUAGAUCUGCAAUUAGCAGUGAAGUAAUGUGACAGUACUGCGUGCUGGCACAGCAGCAUCAAAUCUUCUGCUUUUAUAUGGUUUUCCCCCUGAAUCAGCAAUGUAGUUUAAAAAACAUAAUUUUUGUCAAAUCUACUGACAUCUGUGGAAACAAGACACCAUGGAGGGUCCUGGUUGCCUAGAAGAGACAUGCAUAUUUGUGUGUAGUGCUUCAUUAGAAGAUUGCAGGAAAAGAAAAUUGCGUGAGAAGACCUGUUUUUCUCAGGGAUAGGAGUAACCAGUUGCUCUGAAGUGAUGCCAUCUAAACAGUUGAGUAUUAAUAAGUAAAAGAUGUUGUACUUGGUUCAAAUUAAUAGUUUCAGCAUGCCUAAAAAAAACCGAAAAACCCAAAAAGCAAAAACAUGCAACCAAAACAGCAAACCAAAUACAAAGCACCUUUCAUCUCAUGAAAUAAAUGACUUGCAUAGAUUUCUUCAGUGUUCUUUUUAUAAUUUAGUCCUCUAACUAUGAAGUCCUUGUUUAUUAAUACUCUAUGUUCUCUAAAUGGAUGCAACCAUUGGGCUGAAGUGUGUAAUUGAAAUGUUGUAAAUACUGUACAUUUGAAAUGUUUUUAUAUGAAAAUAUAAUCUCAAAAGAAGAA